UCCACGGCCGUUCCCGAGCUUGCUCGCGAUCCGCGGGGGCGCUCCUUGGAUCGAGGGAGGAUCGCGCGCGUCUCGAGCCGCGAAUUUCGCGAAAAAUCGCAAUUACGUAACACGUAUGUAUGCGCGACAGCGUAUCGUGCAAUGUGACACAUUCAUCCCGGUAAUGGGAUGACUCGAAGAGGAUUGCGCUGCACUUCCGGUGCGCGGCACGUGCGGCUUAGGGAUUCAACAAUCCCGAUAGAAUGACUCGUCUAAUUCUAGCAAUAUCCACCUAGCUAUUCAGAGAGAAAAAACGCAGCAUAGCAAUAUUCUCUAAUUUUAAUAACGUCAACGAUGUAACUCUGGUAUCGUCAAACCUUAGCGUCUGUUAUCGAAGAGAAAAAAAAUAGCGACGCAAGAGAGAUCUGAUAAUAAUCACAAUACGAAGUGGCCACACGCAUUCGUAGCAUCCACUCUCGAUGCACCGUUGAUUGGCUCGACGAGGUGCGAUAGAGUUUAGUUGUCGCGCGCUCGCGCUUGAAUAGCCGAUAUCGAGCAGGGAAGAGACGAGAGAGGGUGUCCUCAGGAGAGAAGAAAGCGUCUACGGCGAGGGAUGAUGACGGCAGAUACGUGGGGUGUCGAGGAACGAUGGUGGGGCUGGACGAUGAGCAGCAUACCGGCAACGGACGGCGCGAGUUAUGGUGGUAAACGACGCCGAUGGAUGGUGGGGUUGAAAAGUAGCGCGGCCAUUUACGCUCGUACAGGAUAAAACAGCCGCACCUGUGAUCAGUCGGACCGAAGACUAUCCGAGAGACGAUCGUUUCGGAGGAUCGGAAGAGCCAGGCGGGAUGAUCGCUCCCGACGAGACAUCGACAGUCGUUCGCGACGAGAACCGAGGUAAGCAGCACCUUUCUUCGUGACGAACGAAGACGGGAUUCGAUUAACGAACUGUAAUCUCUCUCGAGGAGAGUUCCGUAUAACUACUUCCCCGCGAAACGGAGAAAGAGAUCGUCGUUAGACGACAGAGCGAAGAAGAAGCUUCUGUAACUGAGAGGGAUCUGUGUUUAUCCCGUAAACGUUUGUUCGAGAAGUUUGAGCUAGGAUGCUAUCGCCAGAGCGGAGAGUCGAAGGUUCUCGCGACGGAAAACUGGGUCUGGCGAGGAUAAACUUCCUCGCGGCAGGAGAUUACGCUGACUGGAGAAGGAUGAUGUUAUGAGAAAAGGACUUCCAGAAGAAAGGAAUAGCUGUUUGACUAAAGGUUUUUCGCUGAUCAUAAGGGACACCUGUCGAAGGUAUAAAUUGCCGUUCUACGACUAUUUCGUCUGUUUCGCCGAAAAUUAUGACGCGUAAUAACGGUCACGUGACCGAAUUGUGAACAAUCUCGCGAACAAACAGAGUGUCGAAAAAUGAGUUCUUUGAGAAGGACGAUCAAUCAGUCGGCGAGGGAAGGCACGUCCAUGAGAAGGCACGCGCUCUCCGGGCCUACCACGAAGAGCAUGAAGAACGUUACCCACGCAAAUGCGGUGCCAGCUUCGCCGUUGCGAUAUAGGACCAAGUACGAGCUGCGGAGCAUCAGUUUGGAGGGCAACAAGGUGCUGCCAUGGACCGCCAGGUCCACCACGGACGCGAUAGCGAGGCGAGGAGUCCUAUCGAGACGAUGCUACGGCAGUGUCGAAAUGUUGCCGCAAAUCGAGCAAGACGGCGCCGACAAUGGCAGAAGAUUUCGAGUGGAGAACGGGGACUCUCUUGGGGAGAAAGAAGAGAUGUUCGGUUCGCCGAGUACGCCGAUACUAGAGAACCCGGAGUAUCAAACGCGUUGGUACUUCAAAUACUUUCUGGGAAAACUUCAUCAAAAUUACAUCGCCUCCGAUCAAGAGAGAAAUCCUCUUUUUCUCUCGGUAGUCACAAGCGAAGUCGGUGAUCAAUGUGUACCGCACUACAGAGUUAUUUUAUGGAGGCGAACUGGCGCGCAGAAAAUAUCGUUGCCAUAUUCGGCGAACAAGACAAUGACCAUCAGGCAGAUCCUCAGCAACUUUUUUGGUCUGGAGAAACUCGAUAAGGUGCCGCGAGAAGUUUUCACGCCUGAACUCCAAAAGGAUCUGUUACUGCUGGAGGAACAAGAAGGCUCGGUGAACUUCAAGUUUGGCGUAAUUUACGCGAGAGAAGGUCAGAUCACCGACGACGAGAUGUUGUCUAACGAAAGAGGUAGCCCGGGCUUCGAGGCUUUCCUGGAGAUCCUGGGUGAGCGAAUACGGCUCAAAGGCUGGGACAAAUACAGAGGUGGCUUGGAUGUGAAAGGAGAUAUGACCGGCAAGGAGAGCUACUACACGGUUUAUGCAGGCCACGAAGUUAUGUAUCACGUUAGCACGAUGUUACCCUAUUCAAAAGACAAUCCUCAGCAGCUAGAGAGGAAGAGGCACAUUGGCAACGACAUCGUCAACAUCAUCUACACGGAUGACCCGUCAGCCGUGGAUACAUUCAAUCCGAACUGCAUAAGAAGCCAAUUUACCCACGUGUUUGCCGUGGUGACGACCGAGGCAGACGGCAAGGGGUGGCGAGUCGCUAUUUACUGCGACGAGAACGUACCUUUAUUUGGCCCGAGUCUACCCUGCCCGCCGGUAUUCGAGGACCCGUAUAAUCUUCGGGAAUUUCUCCUUGUUAAGUUGAUCAACGGCGAGAAGGCUACAUUCGACACCCCGACAUUCUCCAGAAAAAGGGAGAGAACCCUCGACGCCCUAUUGCGAGAUAUGUACCAGGAGCACUCGCAGGAGAGCAAAAGCAACAGCAUGCUAAAUCGACGAGCGCUCUCAGACGUCGUCGAGGCGCCAGGACGACGUCGAGAGGAGACCCGUGCCGUCGAGAUGGUGCGAGUCGGACAAGCCUUGAAACUGGAAGCUAUUAUGCGCGGUCUUGCGCCUACUUCUCUGGCCACCGUCGGCCCCCUGAAGCCCAGACCCUGGGAACCGAGAUGCAUCUAUCCCGACUUCCCCUACGAGGUCGUUUGUGGAGACGUCUGGCUGGAAAACAGGUUGAUCCUCGCCUCAGAAAACGGGACGUUUCUCAUCGAAGACGGACUCUCGCACAGAUUGAUCUUCGACGAGUCGGUGCAGAUCAAGCAGCUGGACGUGGUCGAGCAGCACGGGAUACUCUUGUUCCGCGCCAGCGACAAGGGCAAGGAAAACAGCGUGUACGUUUUCCGGCUGCGCGAGUUCGAGAGCGACGCGUCCGCGAGGUGCGCCGAGCUGUUGAACGCCGAUCGUAACCACGAGGAGAAGGAUGAGAACGACGUCGACGACGAGGACGUCGAGGACGACGACGACGACUGCGACGAGGACGACGCCGACGAGUGCGACAACUUCACCCGCGCCACCGCCCGAUUUCAGCCGGUGACGCGCUCGCGGCCGCGCGCGCGCGUUCGCGCACCAGCUGUCAGGAGCCGGGCUCAUAUCAAGGAGAGGAAGCUGCGGCGUACCCGAGGGUGUCACUUGUACAGCAUCACCAGGCCCGGGGGCUCGCAUCUACGCAUGUGCGUAGUCGUCGGCCGCCGAUUGACGGUCCUUCAAUGGAAGCACAACGCGGCCUGGACCAUCUGGUGCUCGUCAGCCGACACGGACACCAUCGAAGGUUUCCUGCCGCUGAAGGAAUUCACCGCGAGCGAGACACCCACGUUAGUGACGAUGAUCGAGAGCGCCGAUCCGACCAACGAGUGGACGCUGUGCUGCGGUGCCCGACAUCACUUCGAGUUGAUCUCCGCGAGCGGAGUUUCGAGGAUCGUUCACAUGGAAGCGACGCCGAAGCCGCAUUUGGUGGCGGCGUUGGAUCUUCGCGAAGACGAGGAGCCGGAACUGUUACUUUGUUACAACAAUACAUGUCACUUUCAAAAACUGAUGGAAGAGAACGCUGCGCCGACCGAGUUCGAUUUCAAUUGGAAUUCGGUGCCGAUAGCCGUAGUCUGUGCCUUUCCAUACGUGAUCGCCUUCACUAGCGACACGAUGGAGAUUCGACUGAUAAUAAACGGCAAUCUGGUUCACACGAUCGCAAUGCCGAAUAUCAACUUGAUUACUUCGAAGCGGGACGUAUUCUUUGCGACUACGGCUCCGGAAUUCCUUCCAGGGAAGUGCGAGCGAAUUCGAUUGGACUCGAAACCAUUCGAGAAGGACGAGAUGCCGUGCAGCCCACCGCCCACCGCGCAAUCUUCGUCCUCUCGAUCGAGUUUUCAAAAUAGUCAGGGCGAUUGGAAGCCGAUAAGAAUCUAUCGGAUACCCCUGCAGACGCUGUCGAGAAACACAGGCUCCAACUGCAGCCAGAGAAGAUGCCCCAGCCCCACGGAACCGGAAAUCGUUUCCGCACCACCUACCACGGACCGUACCUUUCUCAACGUCGAGCCGCAUCGCGCGCUGAGCAGAUCCUGCAGCAGCAGCCCUACACCCACGCCGACCACGAAUUUGCCGCCAUCGUGUAGCAAAUAGAGUGCUGUAAUUGUUGGCACCCGCCAAUCGAUACGAUCACGUUAGUCUCGCGAUCCUUCGCGGAGAAGAUCGAUCGCGGAAAAGAAAGAAAAGGAAGAAAAUGACCGACCGCACGUACCUGACUUCUCGUUCCCUUCUCGUACGAGAGGGAACAUACGGAAAUCUUUGUCAUUGUUACGCAUUGUUGGCGCAUCGCGCCGCAUAUAUGUAUAUCUUGAAUGUAAGUGCGAUCACGUAAAUGAUUAUUUAAGUAGAUCUUACGACGGGGAUACGUUAUCUUUAUUAUUGAAAUAUAAUUGUUAUUUUGCUUGAAGAAUUUAUUUCAAUAUUUUAUCGCGUGUCAUUAAUUCUUACUUUUAUCGUAUAUAUUAUUUUGUUUUCGGUUUAUUUCGAUACGCAUUGUGUAUAUUAUCUUAAUCUUGCGGUUUUAAUGGAUAUACACACACAAAGACUUGAAAUUUUUAGAAUUCAAAUUUUGGAAGAAAGCAAAUUGAAAAUAUUUAAAUCGUGUUCUAAUCUUCCUUUUUCAUUUUACGAUCAUUUCUUUUGUUUUUGAUUAAAUAUCGUACAAUGUAUGUUUUUCAAGUAUCAAUCUUCCUUAGCAAGUUAAGCAAAUUUUACUUCACGUCGUCCGUAAUUAAGAGGUUCGACGACGAAAACGACGAUACUUUGACAACUUUCACUUUUGCAGGGGUUUUUUUUUUCAAGCGAGUAUCGUAUACUAUAGUUCCUCAUUGUUUCGCAAAAUCAAUUUUAAGCGUAGGAUCUAGGCCAUCAUUGUAAUAGUCAAGGUUGAAAAUAUUUCCGACGCACGACUCGACAUUAGGCUGCGAAAUCAAACUCAACACGCACUUAAAAUACGCAUGAAAAGGGCAUUUUUUAGACGCGCAUUAGCUCGAUGAAUCAUACGUUUCUUCGAACGUAGAGGAGGGGGAGGGACGCGAGGAAUGUUGGAUCGGAAUGGCGAUCGCAUACGUUGAUCGAUCCUCGAGGAUCAGGACCGUCGUGUUACCUUCUCCCCCCC